AUGGCAGAGGGCCCGGCUGCAGACUUCCGCCGUCGCGUGAAGCAGACGCCGCCCUUCCUCGCUGACGCCGCCGCGUCGGACCUCUGCGAGCACCGCCCACCAUUCGGGCUGCUCGACAAGCCGAGCAGGAUGAGCGCAAUCGCCGCUCUUGCCGCCAGCUACGGGCUCGAGCCGGGCGUCGCGACGGGCGCGGGAGGCCGGCUGGCAGACGGGAGAGCGGCCAUUCCCAAGGGCCGCGAGGCGGCCAGCGCAAACGAGAGCCGCUCCCUGUGUGCUGCCGUGGCGACAGCGCUGUUGGCCGCGUCCGGGGAGGAGAUCGACAGCCACGAGUCGGUGAUCCGCUUCAACAGCGCGCCGGCGGGCGGGCGGUUCGGAGACCACGCGUCCCACUUCCCGUGGCGCUCGCAGACGUCGCAUGCAUCGCGGGGCGGCGGCAACUCGACUGCAGCGCUGUACUGCUUCAACCCGUGGCUCGGCUCGUGCCAUGCCGACGUGCUGGCGCGGCGAGAGGGAGGGCGCGCGCUCCUGCUGAACCCGCGCCUUGCGCUGCACUGGUGGAGGUUCCAGCGUGAGCUGGGAGGCUCGCGGCGCGGGUCUGUCCGGCCGAGCACAGGCGCGCUCGGCGUCGCGGCGGCUCUCGCGAUGUGCUCGGAGGUGACGCUCUUCGGCUACGGCAACGCGUCCGCCCCGGCCGACGCGGCGGCCUGCAACCACUACUGGGAGUGCCGCCACAACCAGAGCCGCUACUUCUCGGGCGCGCAGGGCAACCACGACUGGCACGCGCAGUGGAGGGCCAUAGAGGCGCUCGUGGCGGCGGGCGCCGUGCGCUACCGGCCGCCAGCGCAGAGGCGCCGACCGGAAGGGGGCUGA